AUGGCGCUCUUCCGCCACCUUGACUACGCUGUCUUCUCAUUGUGCCUCAUCCCGCUGGUGAUACUCAUCCACCUGUGUGUAGCACCAUACACAAAAGUGGAGGAGUCAUUCAACAUACAAGCAACACACGAUGUCUUGGUCUACGGCACCCCUCUCUCAAACGUCUACCAGAAACUGUCUACCAGUUACGACCACUUCGCCUUCCCCGGAGCUGUGCCCAGGACUUUCAUAGGCCCCGUCCUGCUCGCAGGUGUUGCUAGGCCAUUUGCAGCACUGUUUGGCGACCGGUACAACCAGCUCUUGGUUCGUGCACUCCUUGGAUGGUUCAAUGCCUAUUCCCUUCUGUUCUUCAGGAGACAGCUCCACAAUGCUUGUGGCCCUGCCGUGGCUAGGUGGUAUGUAGUGCUGCAGGUCACCCAGUUCCAUGUCAUGUUCUACGCCUCCAGGACAUUGCCAAAUAUGUUUGCAUUCGGACUGACCACUUGUGCUUUCGGCCUCCUACUCCCGCCCAAGAAUCCUGUCAAGACCAAUGCCAGGAUUCGCAUGGCACUGGCCCUGUUUGUCUUUGCAGCCGUUGUCUUCCGCUCAGAGAUUGCACUUCUGCUGGGCACAAAUGCUCUAUGGCUGCUUAUCAUCCCUCAAAUCUCUCUUCAGAGGCUGGUGCCCCCGUUCCUAGUGUCCUUUGUUGCCGCCUUGGUCAUCUCCGUCCCCGUUGAUUCCUACUUCUGGCAGAAACCAAUCUGGCCGGAGCUGUGGGGCUUCUACUAUAAUGUCGUUCAAGGCUCCUCCUCUAACUGGGGCACCUCUCCGUGGCACUGGUACUUCACAUCGGCCUUGCCCAAGAUGAUAUCACCUCCACUGGGACUCUUCUUCGCUUGGUGCUCGCUCUCGUCCCCAGCCUACGGACGCAUAGCCCAACGCCUGAUCAUCCCGAACUUGCUGUUUGUGGCCAUCUACUCUCUUCAGCCGCACAAGGAGGCCCGCUUCAUUUUUUACAUCGUGCCACCAUUGACGGCCGCUGCCGCCCUCGGAGCCUCGACUCUGGUGAAUCAGAUCCCCGCCAGAAUGGCAGCCGACGAGACUGGUCGGCGCGCGAUCAGAAACAUCAUUUUCUUUAUUAUAUCAGGCUCCAUCCUUCUCACCUGCAUCAGCAGCGCUGUCAUGCUUGUUGCCUCGAGCUUGAACUACCCUGGCGGCGAAGCCCUCGCUGCCCUACACGGGAUGAUAGAGCAAGACGAGAGUACAGUAUCCACCUCUGUUGUGACGGUCCACGCGGACGUAUUGAGCUGCAUGACGGGAGUCACCCUGUUUGGUGUCGCUGAGGGCAAUGGUCUCCCUCAGCAUCACCGGCUGGCCACCGACCCUGGCCUCGUUCUCAGUGGCCAUGACAAAAAGCCGUCAGUGUCGCUAGUAUUAGACAAGACAGAAGAUGAAGACAUCCUGUCCGACCCCAGCUUCUGGACCAAGUUUGACUACCUCCUCAUGGAAGACGAGAAAGCCGUCAAGGGCGGUAGCUGGGACACAGUCGCUGUCGUCGAGGGGUUCUCUGGGCCUGAGAUCCUGCGUCCGGGCUUUUCGCACGUGGAAGAGGAGCCCAAGGGCGUCAGAAGAGUCGGCAUGGGGGCUCACGUUGAUGCCUUGCGACAAAGGAUUACGAAGUUGACAGGCGGAUGGUGGGUAGGUCCCAAGACGGUGCCCAAGAUCCGUAUUAUGAGGCGGGUUAAAGACAAGUCUGAUAAGGUCACGAAGGAGGCCAUCUCAUGA